GAGUAGAGUUUUGACGUGUAGAUAAAUAUUAAAGUGUACAUAUUUAAAUAUGAUCUGGAGGAUAUGAGGCGUGUGUUCGGGGUUUGCUCGGAGAGCUGGUACCUGUGCGGACAGAAUGGCUCCCCUCACGGCUCCGUGAUGUCCUGCCAGUCCCUGGCGGCGCGCGCGUUCGCGGAGCCAGACAAAUCAGAGGCUCACUGCUCUGGCUUCCACAGGUCGGUGCGGUUCAGUUCGGAGUCCCGGAGCUCGACGCGAGCCUCCCACGAUGUCGACUGCAAGAGGGAGACACCGGGGUCGAUAUCGCUGACGGCGUUGUCGCUGACGCCUGCGUCUGGCGCGGCCGCCAUGAGUCAGUCGGCGCCAUCCGGCAGCGGGUUCCCGGACACCGACACGCCACCAUCGCCCGCCUCAUGCCGCUUUCCUAAGCUAGAGGAGUGUGCACAUUUCCAUUACGAGCGCGUGUGCCUCGGCGGGCUCAGUAUAGAGCUGGGGCCGGCGCAGGAACCCGCGGACUCACCGCAGGGGGAGGGCUGGAUAUCCAUAAAGGUCCGCUCACACGUGUCGUGGCGGGACAAGUCUUCCACCAGAGCGCUGCACUGCUCGUGGUCGGAAGCCAGCGAUGUUAGAGAGUGGACGCUGGCCAGGAACGCGGACCACUGCCGGCAGCUGGACGACAUGGUGCACAGAUGCAUAUACGACAGAAAAGUCUCCGGCCUGCCCAACCUAACCGAGAAGAUCAACAGCUCGCUGGAUGAGACGGAGUACAGAAGCCUCAUAGCGGACUACAUGCAUCACCUGUCCAUUAUAGCGGACGACUCGAUCAACUGUGGACCCGUGCUUAACUGGCUGCAGAUGGAUAACAAAGGCCACAAGCUGUUAGUAGCCAACGAGGACUCCAGUUCUAUAAACACUCCCGCCGUCGCCGCUGCCUAUUCUGUACGGAAAUACGUCUCACAGGCAAGGGACGAAAUCAGCUUUGAAGUUGGCGAUAUGAUCUCAAUAAUAGACAUGCCUGGUCCCCAAGAGUCGACAUGGUGGCGUGGCAAGCGCGGGUUCCGGGUCGGAUUCUUCCCGCACCACUGCGUGGCCGUCAUCGGGGAUAAAGUGCCCAGGCACAUGACACAACCUCCCCCUAUAGUCGGGUCCGUAGCCGUGGCCCCAAUAAAGCCGGUGCUCCGCAAGCACGGGAAGCUGAUCUCGCUGUUCCGCAGUUUCAUCCUGUCGCGGCCGUCGCGGCGGCGCCUCAAGCAGCAGGGCAUCCUGAGGGAGCGGGUGUUCGGCUGCGACCUCGGGGAGCAUCUACUCAACUUCGAACACGAUGUGCCCUUAGUCCUCGUGUCGUGUGCGGCGGCCAUCGAGGCGCGCGGCGCCGUGGACGGGAUCUACCGGCUGUCGGGCGGCGCGGGGCUCACGCAGCGCCUGCGCGCCGCCUUCGACGGCGGCGAGGCGCCCGCCCUGCCCCCAGACCCCCACGCCACGGCCUCGCUGCUCAAGAUGUACUUCAGAGAGCUGCCUAACCCGCUGUGCACAUACCAGCUAUAUGAAAGUUUCGUGUCAGCCGUUCAGACAGAAGAAUCCAAGCGAUUGAAAGCGGUCAGAGAUGUCGUGGUCAAGCUACCACCACCACAUUAUAGAACGCUAGCAUACCUAAUGCGUCACCUCCGCCGCGUGUCACUACUAGGUGACGUCACCGGCAUGACAGCACGCAACAUGGCCAUCGUGUGGGCGCCCAACUUGCUCCGGUCUCCCCGCCCGCAGCACGCCCUACAACACGUUUCUGUGCAGGCGGUGGUCACGGAAUUCCUGAUCUGUUACGCGGAGGAACUUUUCGCCGAGGAGCAAGAUUGGGAUUCCGGACCGGAGUCGCUGAAUUCGGAGCAGUUGGAGCAGGUCGAGUUGCGAGGUCACGACUCGUGCCGACGCCCGAAGAGUUUACCGCUCAACCCGCCUACUAAACUACUCAGCUUGGAAGAAGCCCGUCGGCGCGAGAAGUGCACAUCAACGGUACAGAGUCCUCGUUUGCCACCACCGUCGGGCGCCAUCGCGGCCGCCGCGCGCGCGCAGCCUCAACUGCGGCCCGCGGGACACCUGCGGCCCAAGUACAUCGAGGUUGGGUCGGGGCCAGACAAUCUUCCGCAGUACCACACCGUAUUGGAUCUUCCGCUCUCAGGGGCGAAGCGAGGCCUGAAGCGGUCUCCGUCAGGCUGGCGAGGCCUGUUUUCUCGCAGCAAACUGCAGAGGCACAAGGCGGCGCUGCGGCCACAAGUCACCGCCCCCUGUUCACAGGACAUACCGAUGAACCCAGCAGGCCUGCGGCCGGUGAAGUCGUGCGAGUCGCUCGCCUCCGACGGCGACACGGUGGCGCCACUAGCGGAGAGAGCCAUGAAACCUCUCAAACAUCACACCAGAUCGUCAUCUUGCGACUCAUAUUUCGAGCCGUGGCAAGCCGAACUGGCCGACAUGAGGCUCCGACUGUCCCCGCAGGAGAGAGACAGGCAUAUGUUCAGUGAAGAGGACGACACGCACUGUGUGCCGGCCCAGGAUGAUUCCUUAUGCUCCACGCCGGUCGAGUCGGGCCCGGGCAGCGUGGACCCCAGCCCCAGGAGAAACCUCAGGGUCGAUAUAGAGGCUGCUAAUGAGCUUGCUGAGAGGAAGCGCAGCGCCCUGGAGGAGCAGCUGGCCGGUAUCGGGUACAUCGACGGCGACUCGCCGCGCGCCAAGCCCGCCGAGAAGCGACACUCCGCCCGGCACGACAACCUGGCCAAGCGCCUGUGCAAAGACCGCGACUGUCCCACCGCCGGCUCGGACUUACAGAACUCGACCGGCGGUGUCAAGAUGAGAGAACGUACAUCGCCCAAAAAGUGCAAGUCGGCCCGGUACAGCAACCUCCACCAAUCAGAUGACGUCACCGUCUCAAGACUCAGCUGGCACGGAAAAGACCAUUCCACUCUCAUCAAAAUAGACUGGCCUGUAGACAACUCCACAAGCAACCUUACUAACUCGACACUAAAUACACCCAACACACCCAUCACUCCCGCUACCCCAGUUUACGAUCCCUUAGAGAGCGACUCCGAAGUGAGCGAGCAUAAUAAACAAACUAUUAAAAUUAAUAACUGUGACAAUUGCGAUGAAAAAUGUCUAAAGUGUGAAUUGAAGGCGGCGGAUUAUGAAAAUAUUAAGGUUGAAGAUUAUACAGACACUUUGAAAGACAGUUUGGAAGCUAGUCCGGCGAAUUCAACUAAUAUCAGCUAUCAUAAUCUCAAUAGAUUAUCAGCUGUAUCAUCGUCCACGUCUGAAGGUACGGGAAAGAAAGAACUGUCGUAUGAAAACUGUGAUAUGAAAGUCAUGACGUCAUCACACGAAAGCUCUUCAAGCUACAGCAAUAUUAGCCCUAAGCCUGAUGAGCUUUACGAAUGCUACAGCUUUAGCCGCCCCAACUAUAUAAACCUACAGUCUUCCAGUUCCAAAAGCUCACCUGGCAGCCCUUUGAAAAGCCCAUUAAAAAGCACUAUUAGUAUCACAUUUAGGUCGCCUACAAAAAAAUCACCAGAUUAUGAACCUAUAGAGAAUGACACUCCGACCAAUGAGAGAGACUCAGUCUAUGAAGAUAUAGAUUUAGAGAAAAAUUUGUCUAUUGUCGAGGAAGCUACUAUACCGGAAGCGGAUGCGAGUCUACCAACCCAGCAAGCGUGCCAACCUCACAGUUUUACAGAGGAUCUGAUCAUUCUAGAAACUCCGACAGACUCUGAUGUGGACAACACAGAUGUGUACAGCCAAGUUAAGUUCUUCAAGAAAAGUAUUGAAGAAGUUAACGCUAUGAUACUAGAAUCACCUCCGAAGGAAUCACACUAUGAAAACAUUUCUUUUGAAGGCAGACAGUAUGAAAAUGUGGAUAUAAAGUCUACACAAGAAAAUGGAAACAUUAUCAAACCAAAAGAGACUCUAAAUGUAAGAGAAUUAGCUAACAGAUUCGAAAGCCCGACCGAACAGAAGGGGCCGUUCUUCGAAAAGUUCAAGACCGAAGUCAAAUAUCCCGACAAGGAAUCUCAACCGCCGCCUUCUCCAAAAUGCUACAAGUUAUCUAAAAACUCCUCCAACGCCAGGUCUUUAGACGAAAGCGCUUUUAUAAAAGAAUUCGCUCCGGAGAAGAAUUAUGUUGACCGGAGAAAAAGUCUAGAAGUCAAGGAUGUGCAAAAGCAAAACAAAUUCUUACCAGAUUUAAAUCUAAAUCUAAACAUGGAGGAAGACAAACAUGCAACGACUCCCACCACUGAGAAUAAAAUAUCUUUAAUACAAAGAUUCGAUACUAAAAAAGACAUUAAAAACCUAAUAGGCUUCGACACAGAGAAGAAACUAAGCAGAGAAAGAAUAGAGAAAUACAAAGCGGAGCGGAGAAAUUUUCUUCGAGAGAAAUACAGUUCUCAAUCUUUCAGAAGUAACCCUGAACAGCUGACGAGGGUUAAACUGAUGAAAGAGGAAGUUAGUCCAAAGUUUGAGAGGAGGAAUACUGUGGACUUGGGGCAGAGGAUCAGGUUCUCACUUGCUAGAAGUAGCCAGCAGUUGGACAGCAUCCCCUCCCCCACUAGCCCGGGGGGGGGGAGCAGCGCUGGACGCCAUUUUGAAAGGAAAGAGAAGAUGUCCCCAUCGUACAACAUUCGAGACAUGGCCGCCAUCUUUGAGCAAAAGACUCAAAACAGCGGCUGAACGACAGCGUGUCGUCGUGUCGUCGACGUGUGGACGACGUG